AUGCCAGACCUCUUCUCUCCCAUACUCUUGGGCGACUUGCAGCUUUCAAACAGAAUAAUCAUGGCCCCUCUAACUCGAAUGAGAGCUAAAGGCGGCCUGGCUGGUCCUCUCCACGUCCUACACUAUGCUCAAAGAUCGUCACCGGGCUCGCUACUGAUUCAAGAAGCCACGGUAGUUAAUGAAACUGGUGAACCAUACAGAUUCGUGCCGAAAAUGUAUACGCAGGAGCACUGUGACUCUUGGAAACCUGUUUGCCAGGCUGUUCAUGAGAAGGGAUCUUUCAUAUAUCUGCAGCUGUGGCAUGCUGGGAGGGUUUCGAGGAAACGGUUGCAGCCCAAUGGGCAAGCUCCGGUUAGUGCAUCUGCUACAAGGGUCGGCGCUGGAGGUGAUUUGGGUAAAGCUGGUGAUGUCGCGAGAGCGCUUACAACACAAGAGGUCAAGCAGUAUAUACAGGAUUACAGGCGGGCUGCUCGACUUGCUCGAGAAGCCGGCUUCGAUGGUGUUGAAAUACAUGGUGCUAAUGGCUAUUUACCUCAUCAAUUCACUGAGUCAUCAACAAACAAGCGAGAUGACGAGUAUGGAGGCUCUAUAGAGAAGCGUGCUCGUUUCUUAUUUGAAAUCGUAGCUGAAUGCAGUAAAGAGUUCCCACCUAGUCGUAUUGGUGUGAGAUUGUCGCCAUUCGGAUUCUUUAACGACAUGUUUGAUGAGAGUCCUAUUGAGACGUAUACAUACAUACUGAAGGAGAUGAACAAGUACAAGAUCGGGUUUGUUCACUUUAUCGAGCCGAGGCUUGCCGGUGACGAUUCGGAGGAAGCCAGAGCCGGAUUCAGCGAAGGAGAAACCUCUAAAAGAUACAACAAGGACAUUGUAUCUUUAAAAUGCUUCCAAGGCCUUUACACGGCUGGAAAAACAAUGAUUGCUGGUGGCUAUACACCAGCUUCUGGCAACCAAGUCAUCAAGGACGGCACGUAUGACAUGGUUGCAUAUGGAAGACACUAUAUCAGCAACCCGGAUAUAGUAUCACGUAUGCAACGUGGACUGCCUCUAGCACAUUACAACCGCAAGACAUUUUACGGACCAAAUGUACCGAAUGACUUUAGUGUUGGAUAUGUUGAUUAUCCAACGUGGGAGGAAGAUCAGGCUGCUCAAAAAGCCAAACUGUAA